ACUAGAGGGCAGGUCUUGGCAGUGAGUCAUCGCUUGUGCCCAGACGGCUUACACAAACUCAAAGUUAAGGACUUCUCACUUGUUGAAGUCAACACGUUUCUCUUUAAACUGCCAUUUUUCCCAGAGGAAGCGUAUAUUUUUUGGAUUAUCAAGACUGAGUAGCAGGACGCGGCACGUUGUAGCUAACCUCAACAUCUCAACAUGGCUGCUUAUGCCCUUGUCACAGAGAACUUUAAGUUUGCAUCUCUCUUCUUCAAGAGUAAAGAUGUGAUGAUAUUUAAUGGUAUGAUCGCUCUGGGCACUGUGGCCAGCCAGACGGCAUACAACGUUUUUGCCUUUGAUUGUCCGUGCUCGCCCUCCAGGAAUUAUUACUACGGCCUGGCAGCUAUUGGCGUUCCAGCGUUGGCCUUUUUUGUUGUGGGAAUAUUAUUGAACAAGAGAACUUGGGACCUGGUGUCAGAGUUCCGCCUCAGGAAGUUCCGCAAAAUGUCAGCAGCCGCAGGAUCUGCGGUUUUGGGGAGUAUUCUGGGCCGAGCCGUGGUGGCACCGCUGACAUGGACUAUUCUCUCUAUGCUGCAAGGUCACGCCUACACGUGUGCUUUAAGUGAGUUUACACAAUCCAGGACAGUGGAGGGAUUCCCUCCAGGUCAAGACAAAGAGAUAAUGGCAAAGUUCCCGUGCAAGGAAAGUCUUCCAGAAGACUUGCAAGGCUUCUGGCCAGAAAUUGAUCGGCGUCUGAAAUAUGAAUCUCAGCUGAUAGGCUGGAUGAUCCUGGCUGGAAUGGCUCUGACGGUGUUCCUGGGGAUGUGUUUCAAACGAUGCUUUGCGCCCCUUGGCUACCAGCAGGAGGAAUACUGGUCCAACUAUCGCUCCAGAGAAAAGGAACUCUUUCAACGCACAGCAAAUGUCCACGCCAACAUCAUGGCCGCAAAACACAUUGAGAACUUCUUUGGUUUUGUGGCUUUAGAGAAGGCGGAGAAGGAACAAAUUGCCGAAUAUGAGACUGCCGUCAAGCCCAUUUGUAGCAGGGAGUGGAACAGAGUGACUGGUGUCUACCUCUACAGGGAGAAAAACGGUCUACCUCUUUACAGCAGGCUCAAUAAAUGGGCAACAUACACUCCGGACAACAAUAUAGAAGUUUGUGAUAAAGAAAUGGAGGUUUUUAUAAGUUAGCAUAGUCUACAUCAUUUUUCUUUUAUGUGCAUUUCAGACAGUUGAAACUUGGUUUACUUGUUUUGCUUUUUACUAUGUCGUAUAGGAACUAUAUUAUAUGUGGAUUACAAGACGUAGUAAUUCGAGUGACGACAUCAGCCAAGUGUCCUUUGUAGUCCUCUUACUAGAGCUGAUCAAUGUUAGACAGAGUUUUGAAAUACUUUUUAAAUAAUACUUCAUGGUGUCGGUAGAUUCUUGAAGAUAUUGCGGAAGAAUAUAUAUGAAGUCUGCAUGAACCAGCACCCUUAUGCAUUUUCCGAUGUCAUUGGAAUUUGUGACAUUGAGCUAUCUGAGAAGCUACAGCUCAUGGUAGGGACCAAACUAUCUUGGACAUCAUAUUAUCAAGCAUGGAAUUUGUCCUGAUGAAGCAAAAGUCAAAGGUGUUAGUGAGCAUGGUAAAAAGACGAAACCUUGGGAAGAUGUCACAGAUGCGGGGACCGCCCUCCUGAUCAUUGCAUUUCUUUAGGCACUAUUUACUUGCAUGCAUGUGUGUCAUGAUGGGAAGUAUGUAAGAUGAUGAUAUGUUUUCUUAGUAUUUAUUGGUUUUAUAUACUUCCAAUAGGUUUCACCUUGUGCUUUAAGUAAAUGUAGUGUUUAUUUACAAUGAAAAUUAUGGAAUCUAACACAUUUGACUUAUGUACAAUUGUUUAAACCAGGGGUCUCAAACACGUGGCCCGCGGGCCGAGAUUGGCCCAAUUGCGGCCCGCGAGACGUUAAUUUGUGGCCUGCACCUUGGUGUGAAGAUUUAAUGUUUGUGCGGCCCGCAAGUUUUAUUUGAAUGACGCUUUGCAGUGUCAUUCUUGAAUACCCUUGAUUUUUCCUGGAGACUCCCAAUUUUCAGUUCCCCUCCAGGGUUGAUCAUUCUCCAGAAUUUCACCCAAACAAAAAUAUUAAAAAGGACACCGUGGAGGCACUGCCUUUACGUCCUCUACAACCUGUACAAAUUGCAUGCCAACCCAACCACAUGUUAUAUUUGGCAUCUGUAGACGCAGUAGAGGACUGCAAGACAUACUUGAUCAACAGCCACACAGGUCACACUGAGGGUGGCCAUAUAAACAACUUUAACACUGUUACAAAUAUGCGCCACAUUGUGGACCCACACCAAACAAGAAUGACAAACACAUUUUGGGAGAUCAUCUGCACCGUAAUACAACAGAACAAAUACCCAGAACCCCAUGCAGCCCUAACUUUUCCCGGCUACAAUAUACACCCCCGCCACCCCUAACCCUGCCCCCUAUUGUAGCCCGGAAGAGUUAGGGCUGCAUUGGAUUCUGGGUAUUUGUACUGUUGGGUUUAUGUUGUGUUACAUUGCGGAUGUUCUCCCAAAAUGUGUUUGGCAAUUUUGUUUGGUGUGUGUUCACAGUGUGGCGCAUAUUUGUAACAGUGAUAAAGUUGUUUAUACGGCCACCCUCAGUGUGACCUGUAUGGCUGUUGAUCAAGUAUGUCUUGCAGUCACUUCCGUGGGUCCGAAACCUCAUACAAUAUGUGAAUGGGUCGGCACACUGUUUGUAUAGUGGAAAAGCUGACGAGACGGCAGGUUGUAGAGGACGCCAAAGGCAGUGCCAUCACGGCACGUCCUUCAUAUUGUUGACCGGGUGAAAACCGAGAGAACGAUUAUCCCCGGGAGAUUGUCGGGAGGGGCACUGAUAUUUGGGUGUUUCCCGGUAAGAACGCGAGAGUUGGCAAGUAUGUUGCAAGGGCGGGAAAGCCAUUCAAAGAAGGUGAAGUCAUUAAAAGGUGCAUGUUAGAUUUUUUUAAGAAAUAUUUUCUUGCGGCCCAGCCUCACCCAGUUUCUGCAUCAAGUGGCCCCCAGGUAAAUUGGGUUUGAGACCCCUGGUUUAAACUAAUGUUGCUGGACUCUGCAUUUCUUUCGAAAUGGCAAAAGAUUCUGUCAACUAUACAUUUCUCCUACUCAGCUCUCAACUCAGUUCCUUCGACUUUCCUAUUAUAUGUAGUAUUGGCAGAUCCAAUAGCAUCUACCCGCUGUAGUUGAUUGGGACAACUACAGAAAGUUAGCCGAGCUUGGUCCUGUCAAUUUACAACAUGUUCUAGUACAGGGAUUUCAAACGUAAGGCCCGCGAACAGGUUUUAUCCGGCCCACGGGAAGAGUUUGCAAAAUAUAAAAAUGAGCCAAAAUUUUUUCAGGAAAGAAACUACUGUUCUAAAUAUGUCUAAUUAUUUUUUAUCUUUGUAGAUUAUGCUACAUAUUAAAAAAGAACUAUUAAAAAAACUUAGCUGUAGUGUUUUACCAAAUGUUGAAACGAGGAGAAGGAACAAGGCAGUCCCUGGGGCAGGCAGAUGAUCCAGGGUGAGAGAAAGGCAUCAGAGUCCGUGUUAAUCUGAGAGGUCGAGGAUCUAGGGUGGCAGUCCAAAGUCCAAAAGAGAAGUCGAGGCGCACAGCUCGAUCACACGGGGAUGAAGGCAGAUUGCUGGGGAGGACGACAAGGAAGAACAAUGAAACACGGAGGGGAAAAUGCAGAGAGAGAGAGAGAGAGCAUAAAGCUGGGUUAUCAGUUUACGGUACAGAAGACUAAGUUCCGGCGAGGAUCCUUGGGUCCACUGGACCAGCUCCAAAUCCAGCUCACCCUCAUCAGUCCAAGGUGUGUUGAUUGCUUAUCACCCACAUGCCGGCACGAGCAGGGGUGUGUUUUGGCGCGCUGCCGGACCCAGCUGCGGGAGAAAAGCAGGUUCGAGCCCACGCCGUAAUAGUACCCCCUCCUUAUGGACAGAUUCCAGAUGUUUUAGGACUGAAAGAAGAACAACGAGAUUAAGAGACAGGGGAGGGCGGAGGAGGCAACUGGUGCUGGGUUGCCGGCUCAAGUGUCCCCGCAGCUGUGAUACCACAUCAGCACAGCCAUCAGUACUACCCCCGCUGCCAGCGGAGGUGCUAGCAGACCCAGCUGCCGGAGAAAAGUGGGUUCGAGCCCGCGCCGUGACAAAAAAAAUGAUGUUAGUGCAGCGGUCGAGGAAAUUCCUGUAAUCAGAUUUUCAUAUAAUUUUUUUAUCUUGAUAGAUUGAAAAUUAACACCAAUGAGUUGACUGAUGAACAUUAUCACAUAACAUACUCAGAAAGUAUAAAUAAGGACAAAAAGAAUAAUAGAUAAAGAUAUAAAUAAUAGAAUACUAUUAACCACAACCUGUAAGUAUAAAAAAAAAACAUUAUGAUUUGUACAUUUUCAGAAUGUGUUUGAUCUAUUUUUAAACAAAGAAAACCACCUGAAGUUGUCUUUAUUUUUAAGUUAUCGUACUGUGAUUUUACCAAUCCGGCCCAUUUGGGAGAAGAUUUUUCUCCAUGUUGCCAAUCUAAAAUGAGUUUGACACCCCUGUUCUAGAGCAUUCCGCACCUCUAAUUAAAAUAUUCAGCUGGCUGUAAGGAUGUAUUUGAGCCUGUAUAUAUAAUGUUUACCCUGUUUAAAACUCCCAAAAAACUUGAAAGUUUCUCAUCAAAUACCUGCUUUUUUUUACCAAUGCUGCCAAGAAGAAUGGUCAAAUAUGCUGCCACAGGUAUUCGAAUAGUUUUGUUUUUUAAAUGAUUAUUUUUUGAGUGGUUAAAAGGGCCUGGUCAGCUCAAGUGGUGUAGCAUCAGACUUUUAAUUUCGGGAUUUAGGGUUCAAAUCCCUGUUCAGGCGGUACAUGUUGCUUUCUUUACCUACCUCCACAUGCAUCAUUUCUGCCCCUCUAAAGACAAUACAGCAGUAGUUCUCGACCAUGUAUUUCCUUAAAAAAAAACUUUUUUUUUGCCCUGCUGCUCGCAUUGUUUUCUAGGUUUGAGGUCAAGGCUUUGGGACAGACAUUCUAGAAACUCAAUAUAAUCUGCCUUAAACCCUUGUAAACUAGUUUUGAUAUGUAUUUGAUUGCUGUCUUGCUGGAACACCCAAUUGAGUCAAAGUAUUGCCAUUUCACUGUUGAUUGGAAGUAAAGCCCAUCGAUUUUCUAACGCUUAUUCCCUUUUGGAUUCGCGGGGGGUCCUGGCGCCUAUCUCAGCUACAAUCGGGCGGAAGGCGGUGUAUACCCUGGACAAGUCGCCACCUCAUCGCAGGGCCAUGGAAGUAAAGCAAAAUAGCUUAAUCUUUAUGUAAAUUGUUGAGUAGUGAGAACACCCAAUUGUGUCCAAGUAUCAGCUGUCUGGCUGUUAGUUAAAUGUAAAGCAAAAUAGCUUGAUAUUUGUCUUGUCUGAACAAAAAUAAUGUUGUCCCAAAGGCAUUUGGCUUGACCAUGUGGGUGGCUGCAAAUGUUAGUCCAUUUUAGGGUUGGAAAUUUCGAGACAGUGGCUCCAUUCUUGGUUGGCAUUCUCUCAGUCCAUGGCGAUGUAAAAUUGACUUAAAUGGGAACUGUCAUUAUGAGGGUCAAGAAAACACAUGUUUGUGAUUUAUUUAGGUUUGUCAAAAGAUUAAAAUAUUUUAUCGUGAUUACUCGCCAUUUUUCAUAAAUAACUCAAAAUUGAUCGCAGAUGGAUAUAAUUUUUCAUCAUUAAUAAAUGUACCCGAGACAGAUCAUUCUGAAGUUUUAAUACCAUGACUGGACAAUCAGUUUGCUUUAAUGUAAAGUUGUUUUAACACAAUUUCCCUUCUUAAACAGCUCACCACAAAAAGGACAUACACAAGCUUUCAAAGAUACAAAAAACUUUUGGUGUUUAGCCAGAUUUUUUAUUUUGUAGGAAUACAACAUUUGUAUUUCUGCUGUAGAAGCACUUGCAUUCAGAGGAAGAGCUACACUUCCUUAUUAAGAUAUCAGUUUCACGCAUUGAUAACACAAAAUGUGGAUUGUUACGAUUGUGCUCUGAUUGUCAACAAUGUUUGGUAAUGUAUAAAGUGAUAUUUCUGCCUAAAUAAAUUAUUCUGAUAUUCUGUACAUUA